AUGUUGGACGAUACUAAAUACAUUCAAAUGGCUUAAAAGUUCCCUAGAAACGUUAGCGUUUAACUCAACAAGAAGUUAUUCGUAACUAGAACUUGGUUCAGAAACUAUUACUUUGUAGGUGUAUUUGGUAUUUUCGCCUACUUCAUAUAUAAUUAACCUAAAAUUUUUGCUCCCUUCUCUGGAUAUCCUACAACAGUUGCUUACAAGGCUUAGCCUGAUUUCUUAAAUGACCAAGUCAUUUUCUACUCUUAACAAAGACAAAAUACUCUUAAAAACUUUUGA